CUUUCAUGAAUAUAACGUGGUAUAUUUGAUUAAAACGUUAAAAAUUAUUAUUAUUUUAUAAAUAAUAGGGAAACAAAAACCUCUGUGGUAUUUCUGCACUUAAACCAAGCACUCUUCGUUGUUCUGGUCAUCCUGAAGCCAAAUGAACCCAGAUGAAAGUGAAGAUAAAGGCACCGGAGAAAGUGGUCGGGAUGUGGAAAACGGCCAAACGGGUAACCCGAGUAGAUCAGUUCCAAAUAUCAGACAGAGUGAACAACCAGGACGGCAGUCGUACCAGAGGGAUCCACCACCGCCAUAUCCUACCGAAAGUCCAAAGCGAAAAAGUGGUCCAUGUGGUCCCAAGGCCGACAAAAAUGGAAGGCGUGAUCUGUUCAACAGUGAUUUCAACGAAAGGAAAGUUCGACAGAAGUUUGUACAGAAGGUAUAUUUGACUCUAACAUGGCAAUUGUUGCUGACUUCUGGGAUCGUAUGUCUGUUCAAGUUCGUGAAACCGAUCAACGAUUUCUUCGUGGAGUACUGGUGGAUGAUGUAUAUCUUUCUGGCAUGUUGGAUUGUGUUCUACCUGGUGUUAAUGUGUGCCAAGAACAUCAGACGCAAAUUUCCGACAAAUUUGAUUCUUUUGAUCUUCUUCACGCUCAUAUUUGGGGCGUUUCUGGGCGUGAUCACUUGUGGUUAUGACACGUUUAUUGUGUUAAUUGCUCUUGGUAUAACAGUGGGGGUGGUGGUAUGCGUUUCACUGUUUGCGUGUCAGACCAAAGCGGACUUCACUUCUUGGAUUGGAGUCAUGUUCGUGAUACUGAUAGUGUUCUCGGUGUUCGGAAUUUUAAUGAUCUUCUUCUACAACCGAUGGCUCACUCUUGUUUAUGGAGUGAUAGGAGCUGUGAUUUUCACAGUUUAUCUGGCCAUAGAUACUCAGAUGGUCAUUGGUGGGAAACGAUACGAGUUACAUGAAGAGGAUUGGGUGCAAGGAGCUAUAAUUCUGUACAUGGAUAUAUGCUACAUAUUCAUGUUCAUUUUGAUGGCUAGUGGAGCUAUUAAAGGCUGAUUAAUCAAGAAGGCAUGACUUAUUGUAUGUAGCUGAGUUAAUAGUUAAGUAUAAAAAAUCCAUAUUGCAGUUAAUUGUAGUUAAACAUAAUCACCGUGCUUAACCAUGUCCGA